CGCGGUCUUCUCUUUUAUUAUGUCUGUGGUUAGCAGCGUUAGCUUUCAGACUUCCUUGAUGUUUAAAGACAGAUUUAGCUGUAAACCACCAUCUUCUUCAUCAUCAUCCAUCUGGAACUAGAGGGAGCAUCGACAGGAGAACCAGACCAGUCCAGAACCUUCAGACGCCUGCCAACCGCAUAACCCACAGCCACCAUGGGCCACUCAAUCCACAACAUUGACAUUAGAAAACUGCUCAUCCACAUGGCACCACACACACUGUCUCCCAUUUGCCCUGAACAGUGUAAACUGGGAUAUAUCCAUGAAGAGAAUACCUUUCCAACCUGCCAGACUCCAUUGAAUGUUCUGGCUUAGCCCUUCCUUGUAAAAGGCUGGACCUUCGUUCUCAAUCAGAAUAAAGCAGAAUACCACAGAAAUGAAACUAAAACCAGAACUGCUGAAGGUCUCGGAGACGGACGGACCAAAAGAACCGGAACCUGAAUGGAUCAAAUUGGAACCAGAACCGCAGCAGAUAACAGAAGCAACCGUUGGAUCAGAAGCUCAGCCAAUCAAAGAAGAGCUGAUAGAACUAUGGGUUUUAAAAGAUGAGGGGCAGCUUCUGGUCCAGAUGGAGACCCAUGAGAAAUUGCUCCGCAGUUUACCAGAACCUGGACAUAUUACAGAAGGACCAGAACCUGGAGAUAUUAAAAAAGAACCAGAACCUGGACAGAUUAAAGAAGAACCAGAACCUGGACAUAUUACAGAAGGACCAGAACCUGGAGAUAUUAAAGAAGAACCAGAACCUGGACAGAUUAAAGAAGAACCAGAACAUGGACGAAUUAAAGAAGAACCAGAACCUGGAAAGAUGAAAGGAGAGCCAGAACCUGGAUGGAUUAAAGAAGAACCAGAACAUGGACAGAUUAAAGAAGAACCAGAACCUGGACAGAUUAAAGGUGACCCAGAAUGUCAACAAAUUAAAGAUGGACCAGAACCUGGAUGGAUCAAAGAAGAUCCAGAACCUGGACGGAUUAAAGAAGACCAGGAGGAACUUUGCAGAGUUCAGAAUGAAAAUGAGAGGAGAUGUCAACAAGUCAGCAACCAGAAUGACUCCAGAUCAAGUAGAGCUGGAGAUCAGCAUCUUGAAAGGAGAUAUCAGGACAGCAGGAGCCACAGAAACAAUGUGGAGCACUCAGAACAAGAAGGUGAUAAAAUCCAGCUGACUACUUGUGAAGUGUGUGGUCAAUAUUUUACUCGGUACAGGGACUUGAUAUCUCACAUGAAAACUCAUGCACGUGAGAAACCAUUUUUAUGUCUGACUUGUGGGAAAGGUUUCCCCAGGCAGCCUGACCUAACAGCCCACAGCAGAACUCACGCCUUAGAGAGACCCUUCCCAUGUCCUGUCUGCGGUAAAAGUUUUAUCCAGAAAACCACUCUUCAGUAUCAUGUGAGAACCCACACAGGAGAAAAACCUUAUCCCUGUGAACAAUGUGAGAAAUCUUUCAGACAGAGAAGUGAUUUGGCACGUCACAUGAAAACUCACACAGGUGAGAAACCACAUCACUGUCAUAUGUGUAAUAAAUGUUUUAGAAAGCGCAGCGAUUUGGUCUGCCAUUUAUUCUCUCACACAGGGGAGAAGCCUUUCUCCUGUUUGACCUGUGGAAAAGGUUUUAAACAACACUAUAAGUUGACUAUGCACAUGAAAAUUCAUACUGGAGAGAAACCAUACAAUUGUGAUUUUUGUGACAAGGCUUUUAGACAGAGCAGUUAUUUGAAGCGUCACCUAAAAUCUCACACCCGUGAGCGGUUGUCAUCAUGUGAGGUGUGUGGUAAAUUUUUCAGUGAAUUUAGCAGUAUGGCCAGACACAUGAAAACCCACACCGGGGAGAAGACAUACCACUGUGGAAUGUGCAAAAAAUCCUUCAUACAGAGGAGUGAUUUGGUUCGGCACAUGAGAACUCACUCAAGGAAGAGAGUCAAUUUAGUGGGGGAUCAGUCAUUGACAGAUCACAGUUAGAUCACUUGUCUUUUUUUUUUUUUUAGAAGACUGUAUUUCCAAUUUGGAUUUGUUUCUGGUACAAGAAGCCAAUCAGAGCUCAUAUGCUCAUUAUUGAGGCAUAUCUGUUUUCUCAAACUCCACAUUCCUAUAAUCUGGUCCAUGUAAAAUCUUUAGAAUAUAUACAAGAACCAAAUGUUCUGGUAAUUUUCUUGCUUUUGUGAGUAAAUUUAAUCUGCUGGUUUGAUGCUCUGUUCUUGAUUUUAUGUAUAAUACAAUGUUAAACAUUUAUUAUUUUAUUAAUUUUCCCUCUUUUAUCUUUGGUUUUCUUCUAUAUUAGCAUACGCUUUAUAAACUUUCUGUGAAUGCUGUUUAUGCCUUUCUGUACUGGUACCUGAUGUUAU